UAGCAAGCAAUUAAUUUUAUAAAUUAAUAAUAAUAAAACAACUUUAUUAAUAAGUAUAAUAUGAAUUUAAAACAGUUAAUAUUUAUAAUUCAGCUAGUUUUAAUAAUCAAUUACACUCAAUGUUAUGCAAAAGAUCGCCAUGAAUUUUCAAUGCCCAAUGUUAGCAAAAGUAAUCAAAAAAUUUCGAAUGGAAAUUUAUUGAAAGAUUUCUACAAUAUUAGGGGAAUUUCUAAUUGUUCCUACGAGAAUACCAUCAACAUUACCAAUAGCGCUGUUUUAGCAAAUGGUUCCUAUAUUUACGAUAGUCAAACACUAGUACCACCCCAACUAGUGGGCAAUUAUGAUUAUGAACUUUUAUAUAAUGGCAGUAGACGUAAGGUGCCACUACAUAAACGUGCCUGUAUCUGUCACCUGAAACCAUGCAUCACUUUGUGUUCGAAUGACAUCCCGAAAACCUAUCACUAUAUUAUAAAUAAUGAUAUAAUUGAUUUUGUAGAGGUAUUUUAUAUUCAAAUGAGUUUAACCAAUUCAAGUGUUGUAACGAAAAACAUUGUGGAAGACUUUGAACCCAUUGUGUUGAAAGAGUUUUGCGCCGCUUCGUAUAUGCUUUCACCAGAAGAGGAUACCAGAUUAAGUUGGACUUUGUUUGAGAAUGGCACUUUAUUGCGCAGCAGUGAUCAGGCACAAUUAAAGAGAACGGAAUAUUGUUUUGAUUUGCAUAGGGCAACAAUUGGCAAAGAUGAGUAUGAUUUAAUAAAUCCCAGGGUUUGUGCUGCAACUAUAAGCAGUCUGCCACCGCUAGCCAAGUUCAAUUAUUGCGUCCAAGUGUUUUCUCUUAUCCUGUUAAUUUUUAUCAUGAUCGCCUAUUGCUGCCUACCCGAACUCCUAACCCUACAGGGUAAAUGCUUUCUGACCUAUGUUAUCAGUUCAGCAUUAUACUUUGCUUUUUUUAGUUCCAUAAAUCUCUCGCAAAUAAAAUUGGAUACUUUGAGCUGUGCGAUGAUGGCAUAUUUAAAUCAUUAUAUUCUAUUAUCUCACUACACCUGGUUGGGUAUUAUGUGUUAUAAUAACUGGAUUGAAUUGUGUAAACUUCGCAACUUUUAUUUAUAUUCCACAUAUGCCAUAUUCGGAUUUCCUUUACCGCUUCUGAUAACACUUUUGGCUGCUGUGGCGCGAAAUUUGGAUAUACACGAGUCUUUGAAACCACUUAUCUCUAUUUAUAGAUGUACAUUGGAGGUUAACAAAUGGGCUGUUUCCAUAUAUCUAUUUGGUCCCUGUUUAAUAAUUUUAGUUUAUUGUUUUGUUACAUUUAUUUUAACCUUAAGGAGAGUUAUAGCUGCGACUAAGAUGAACAAUGAACAGAAUGAAGCGACAAAUGAAUUUCGAAAAGCUCUCUGUUAUUUCUAUUUCCAAUUUGUGAUGUUGAUUUUAUUCUGGUUUUUUGAUGUUCUAUCGUUUAUAUUUAAUUUGUUAGAUUCACCAGCAGUAGUGGAUUAUGUUGCUGCAAUUCAGGCACUGUUCAUAUAUGUUUAUUUCAUUUCACUACCCAAAUUCCGGAAUGUUUGCCAAAAGAAGACAUCAGGGGAAUUAAAGGUUGCUUCAUUGGAAACUGACAUCUAAUAAAGUUAGAUCAAAUAUUUAUUAAGUAAGAAUUAAAUUUUUAACCAUUAGAUGUGAGUUAAUUUCAUUAAAAUGGUUACUUUUCUAGUAAUAACAGUA